ACAGAGGCAGUUUUAUAAUGUUUCACAUCUGUUGCAAGUGAAUACGUAAAUAUCAUAUAUAAGACCCUUUAUAAUGGUUUCAGGUCUCUAGCAAGUGAAUGGGGAAGAUAUGGUAUACGGUACAACUGCAUACAACCUGGUCCUAUCAAAACGAAGGGUGCAUUUAGCAGGCUAGAUCCUACUGGAGAGUGGGCUGAUAAAAUGAUGGAUGUUUUACCCACUGGUAGGCUUGGAGAGGUUCAAGAACUGGCAAAUCUGGUCUCCUACAUGGUUAGUGAUUACAGCUCCUGGAUGACAGGGGAGAUUGUUAAACUUGAUGGUGGAGAAUUGUAUAGUCGUGCUGGUUCGUUCAAUGAGUUAAGAGCGGUUACAAAUGAACAGUGGGACAUGUUGGCUCAGAUGAUCAAAUCUACAAAAGGCUCAUAGAGAUAUAGUUUCUUUUUAGUAGUGUAGUCAAAUUAUCAUGGGACUAUUUACGUUGCAACACUUUGUUCAGAAAUGAAGUUUAAAAUGAAGGGAUUUUUUCCAGAGAUCCAUACUGCAAUGCGCAAGUAAGAAUAAACCCAAAAUAUAUGCGAGGGUGAAUCAAAAUUAACUGGACAUUUCUACAGAAUCUUGAUUAUUAUGAUUAAGUUAAAAUCUAUCACACAAAACUGUGAACAAGAGGCUAUCGUGUUUAGUCAGAUAUGGUCAGUUAACAGACAUUUACACAAGCUUUUAACAGACGGACAGCCAAAAUUUGGUUCCUGUGUUUUUUUUACCAUGUACAUUAUUUAAACAAAGACGUUUACAGUUUCAGCAUUGUUAGUUUGUUACCUUUCAGGGCUAGUAAUACUUGAUGUCAUUUAAUGUUUGAAUUACCACCUUUGUAUAUUUGUCCAAAAAACAGCGUGACCAUACUUUUUGGUAAAUGUUGAAAUGAAUGUCCGGAACAACAAAUCUGAGUGUCAUUGCUAUGUUGAAUUUAGAAACUUCAAAUAUUUGCUGUUCAUAGCUAAGAGGUGAAUUGUGUUCAUUUUAUGUAACUUUGUAUGGGCACAACUAUGACAAUCACUGUGAUCUUCAUAUGUAUAGAAAUAUCAUAAUUAUUAAAUUAUUAUUUUUGAA